GAUCGUCAAGCGAAGUUGUGCUCGUCCGACCUUCCCCCUUCCCUGCUCCGUCCAUCUCGUCUGCUGAUCGCCUGCCGUCCCAUCUAUAAUACCGCGUUUAACUAAUAUAUCCACUCAUUGCAUUAUAAAGUAUAUAUCUAUCUCUGAUCCAGCUUUUAGAUUCUCAUUUCCGUGUUACACUACUACUUCAGAGGCAUCAUGGUCAGAGUAACUCAUCCUCCCGGUGGAAAGCCUCACCUCGAGUGUGAUGCUGCACCGAAUCCUAAAACUGUCAGGGUGCUGAAGCCUCCUGGCGGUGGCUCCUCCAUCAGCUUUGGCGAUGACGACGUUCCUCCGCCUACUAAAUCUCGAGGUGUCGCCGCCGCCGCUGCUGCUGAAGCCGUUCCCGAAGAGUCUACUUCUGCAGCAGGUGCUGAUGAUGCAGAGAGUCCUGCUGCGGAGUCUCCUGGUGUGGGAGAAAGCAGUCCUACAGAGUCUGAGGCACCUGCAACUGUUGAGCCUACCACUCCUUCCUCAUCAGCUGACAGUAAUGGUACGGCCAGCGAGUCGAUUUCAAAGUCGAAUGUAGAUGAUUCUAAGCCUAAUGGCACUCGUGAUGCGAGCACAAAUGGUGCUGCGGAUGCGACGAAAGAGUCGGUUGGUACUGAGGAGGGUUCUGCUAAAACAAAUGGUAUCUCUUCUGAUCAUAAAACGUCUAACGGCACUCAUUCUCCCGAGAACGGGUUGAUGGAGAGUAAGUCGAACGGAAUUUCCGCAGAGGCCAACGGUAAGUGUAAUGACUCUCAGGCUCACACCAACGGCACCAAGGAAACUUCAAACGUUGCUGAAUCUGCUCCCAAAACACCCGUUUCGCCCAGCCCCGUCAACGCCGACACUAAAGGGAGACUCUUCGGCACUGAAAAUUCAGACAGCAAGCCUCACGUUGCUCGCUCGACUCCUUCCAAUCAUCACAUGAGAAGCAGCAUUUUCCCUUCGUUUGAUGAGUCAUACUCAACUACCAACGGCAACUCGACCCCCGCCGAGAGCAGCAAACCUGCCCCUGAAGUUCAUCGCCAGCAAGCACCGAUCAGAGUACGCCAGCCUCCUGGUGGCUUUUCCAGCCAGCUCUGGUAACUGCUGUACCCAGCCAGCUCUGGUUACUGCUGUAGCCAGCCAGCUCUGGUGACUGCUGUACCCAGCCAGCUCUGGUAACUGUUGUAGCCAGCCAGCUCUGGUGACUGCUGUAGCCAUGCUUAACUGUUGGUCGCCGUGAUCUAGGUUUAGAGAACACAUCUGUACUUCUUUGGCAUCUCGAACUUACUCAGUGUUCGUAGAAGGUGCGGUUGAUCAGUGCUCACAACGAGGAUGACUUGGUGUAACAAGUUCUUCUGCGCCGUGUGCCCUUUAUUUUAUCAAAAAAUUCUGCUUGUUAUGUUAGCAAUUCUUUCCUUUUGAUUAGAAUAAUUCUACGAAUCUGGCCAUGAAGCAGAUAGAUUUAGGUUUGAAAGCACAGUGUCUUAUUAUAGCAAGUGUAUGGUAGAUGCCAAAGCGGAAGUCAAGGGAUCAAUCAAUACUCGUGUAAGUUGAAGUGUUCCAAUAUUAAAGCUCAAGGUUUUGUGAGUGAAAGAUUCGUUUUAAGAUGAUUACUGUAGAAGUGUUAGGUGUAACAUAAAGAAAUGGAAACGCCGGGCUUCUGCAUUAAAUAACCUUGAAACAUUUAAUAUUCUAAUGCGCUCUUAUUCUUGUGAAAUGUGAAUAGUAGCAAGUAUUCUAACAGUAUGUACCUAUUUCAUAUCACAGCAGGAUCAUGCUUAUCAAUCUGGAAUUCUGCUAACGGACCGUUUCCAUACUUCAGCUCAGUUUAUUAUAUUGAUCUCGAGACAUUUAAAGCUGUAUGUCUAAACAUUUUAACUAGAAAAAAUUAAAAAUUAUUCCUGAGAAUUAUUUGUGUUCUGCUACUGCUGUAGCGGAGGAGGAAUCUAUUUCCGAUUUUAAUAGUAACGCUUGUUACAUUUUCCGUUUGUUAUGCUGCUAUGUUUACAGGAGUUGACCUCAGUUAAAUUGUAAUCCGUUUUUUAAAUAUUAAUUCUUGAUUGUAAAUCCUCAUUCAUAGAUUCACAGUAAGUUUUUCGAACGUUCAUUUACUAACUCGCACCGCGAGUCAAGCUCAUUUUCAUGCUAGUGUGAUCAAUUAUAUUCAAUUCGCAAGGCCAUUAUUGUACGUGUUCGUAUGAAUAGGACCCAGCAGUAUUUACGCAGUUCCAUUUUAACACUCACAGCCAUCACUAUCUCUCAAAUAUAACUAUUAACCAGUUUCAUCACAAUAAAAUCGACUUAACUUAU